UUUAUCUUAUAUUAAUUAAAACCUCCCCCAUUCUCCCAUCCAUCUAGAAGAAGUCCGUCACGCAACCUUUCUAUACAUUAAAAAUUCCAAUUCACACUCAUUGGAAUUUCAAUCUCUUCUCUAAUUUUUCCUCCCAGCGCCUUAAUUUUUACGCUUUCCAUUUUUUCGAAUUGAUCUGCUUACUUGACUUCUGAUUUCUUAUCCAAUUUUUAGGUCUUAGGACUCAGUCAUGACCUUGUGGCGAAGGACAUCGUUAUAACUUGUUUAUUCAAGCCUUCAAUCCUUGAGCUUUGUAGAACUAUUUACUUCUGAACUGUUUGUUACAUGCUUUGGAGCGCUGCUUGAGUGUUUGCUUUGUGAUUUCAAAGUAUAAAGAUUUCAUAGUUUCAAUUUUAGCACAUAGAGAUUCAGAAGGUUGCUGUAGGAAACCUGUUUAGAGUUCUUGUGAUUGGCUUGAGGAAGAAGGAAGGACUGGACGGCAUUAAAUUUAAUGUGGGUUAUGGGGCAUCUUUCUCAUUUCACUGAAUGCUUACAUACACAAUUCUAGAAUGAUCCAAUCAUGGUUAAAUAUUUCUUAUACAUCUCAGAUGUACAGACGGGUUUAGUCUGAGGUUUUUUGGUUACAUUUAGCCAUACCUAUGGUAGCAGUUGUAGUUAUUUCUCCUUGAUAAGGUUAUUCAUGUUUGGAUUGAUUAUUUUUCUUUUUUUUCUUUUUUUUGUUUUAGAUGGAAGCUUUUGGUCUUAGUAAGAUGCUAUUGAGACAAUCAUAAAAAUAAUUCAAGAAAUAAAACUUCUGAAAUUAUCAAAGUGGUAGAAUUAUACUGUUUGUUGACACUAGUUGGAUGUCAAUUUCUAGGGUUUUCAUGUGAAGAAUUUGUGGUAUACUUUGUUUAUACUGAAUCAUUUUAUGGCAAAUUUGAUGGUUUUUUUUUUUUUUUUCUGGGGCCUUGUUUCUUUGUCAUUGAAGUAUUGUUGAUACUUAAAUGAUGAUUUUGAAGUGGCUAUCCAGCUACUCCUUGCUUAGAUAAUUGUGAGCUAAUAAGAAUCCUUAUGUUUCAAUUUUCUUUUCUGGUUUUGGGCUUGGAUCAGGCUUUAGAAAACGCUAUUCAUGACAAAUUCAAAGCAAAUAGAUUUAUUCAUUAAAUGGGCUGCUUGUUGAAUUAUCUGAUGUAGAAUUUAUUAUUUUUAAAAUAAGAAAUAUGAAGGAUUAUGUUAAAAGUAAAGAGAAGAAUAAUAUCCACUAUAAGCACAGAAUCCAUGUUGAAAUGGGGACAAUUACCUAAACAAAAGCCAUACUGAUCUGGGGCUAGUGAAUUAUGGUGUUUUAGAUUGCAAUCUUUUCAAGAUCAAGAAGAGUUUAAUUGAUCUUGAAUGGAAGUUGGACAAAGAAAAGGUCGCUCUCUGUGUGUCACAUUUCCUGUGAUUGUCUUUGUUAAUUGGUUCUCUUUUACUCAUCAAUAUUUUUGUUUUCAUUUUUAGUGACAUUUGUUUUACCAUUUUGAACUCGAGAUCUUAUGAGUAAGUAAUGAUUUGGUGCAUUCCAUUUCAUUUGGACUUGUGAGAAUGAUGUUGUUAAAUUUGUGGCUCACUUGCAAGUUUUGAUGUCCCGCAUUUGGUUGGUAUUUUUUAUGAAUGAACUAUGUUUAGUGGUACUGUUGAUCUGAUGAAUUCAAUAUGUUUAGUAACUUACAACAGUGCAUGCAAGAUGGCUGGUGUGAAACGAAGAAUGUAUACUGAUUCAGAUAUUCAAACUCUUCAAAAAGAAUUAGAUGAGGCAUCAUGCCCUAUCUGCAUGGACCAUCCACAUAAUGCUGUUCUCCUCCUCUGCAGCUCACAUGAGAAAGGUUGCAGAUCUUUCAUCUGUGAUACAAGCUACCGACAUUCAAAUUGUUUGGACCGGUUUAAAAAAUUAAGGGAGAGCUCUCAGAGCAGUGUGACUUUACCUCAUUCUUCACCUAUAAACUCUUAUAAUGCUAGUAAUACUUCUGAUGUGAACUUGGCUUUGAGAACUCAUGUGAUUGAAAGUAAUGAAAAUCGAAAUCCUAACAGAAGCAUACAUUCACAUGUUGGAUUUUCUGAACAACCAGGGGAAAAUAAUCAUCAAAAUCUAGGUAGGCAUUUAGAAAUUCAUGGAGAGGGUAAUCUGAAUUUGGAAAUGGGGAACUCUGAGUCCUUGCAUGAGAGGACUGAACUUGAAGAUGUUGAUGUGGAUAGUUCGUUAGAAUCAAGCUUGAAUUUGACUUGCCCUAUGUGCCGAGGAGCCAUUCAAGGCUGGGAGGUUGUAGAAGAGGCCAGAAAAUAUCUCAACUUGAAGAAGCGAUCUUGUUCCAGGGAAUCAUGCUCCUUUGUAGGUAGUUACCAGGAAUUGCGUCGACAUGCUAGGAGGGUUCACCCAACAGUACAUCCCUCAGAGGUUGACCCAUCCAGAGAACGAGCUUGGAGACGCCUUGAGCACCAACGAGAAUAUGGUGAUAUUGUCAGUGCCAUUCGCGCAUCCAUGCCAGGUGCUGUUGUUGUUGGGGACUAUGUGAUUGAGAACGGAGAGAGAUUAUCAGCUGAAAGAGAAAGUGGCACUGGUGAAGUUAAUGGACCAUGGUGGACUGCUUUCUUUUUGUUUCACAUGAUGGGUUCGGUUGACAGUGUUGGUGAAUCGAGGGCUAGGUCAAGGGCUUGGACUAGGCAUCGGCGUUCGACGGGAGCUUUAUCCGAGCGUCGCCGGUUCUUUUGGGGUGAGAAUCUUUUGGGUCUACAAGAUGAUGAUAAUGAUGAUGAUGACCUGCAUAUAUUGAGUGAUGCAGGUGAAGAUGGAUCUCCAAUCCCAAGAAGACGGCGGCGUUUGACACAGUCUAGGUCUGACGAGGACCAUCCAUGAGUGAUCCAUUUCUGUGUUAAAUGCAGACGAUGUUGACUGCAGUCUUCCCACCAGAUGUAUGAAGGCAGUGCUCACCUGGGAAGGAAAAGAUAAGAGAAGCAGACGCACAGAACAACAUGGACAUAAACCAGUAGUUGGAACUCUGUCUGGUAUCUUAAUCCAGACAACACCACAAGCAUUGUAGAUUAUAGAAGAAUUAGAGCAUUCAAUUUCCUCCCAUGUGACCCUGCUCGGUGAUUGCGCCACACACAUUAAGGCUAUACUAUAAAGUUUUCAUUACGCUAA